AUGAGAACAUCGACCUUAGCAUUAACAUUAGCAGGACUCUUAACCUCGCUAGUCCAAGCUGCUCCAGCACCAGGAGUUGUCAUUGUGACGGCUUACACUACUGUGAUUGUUGAUGAAAGUGGUCUCACCAUAACUCCUUCUGCGCAAACAGAGAAUGCUCAAGCAGAAUAUACAAGAGUGCCAGCCGUCCAGAUCCAAAGCUCUUCCAAAGAUGAUGAACCUACAUUAGCUAUUGCAUCGACAUCAUCGAAUCAAGAACAAUCAUUGCAGCCAACAACAUCGACUGCAACUUCUACGUCAUCCACUGAAUUCACACCACUGUCCGUUUCCACAUCACCAACUUCCUCCUCUUCUUCAACUUCUUCAACUUCUUCAACUUCUUCCACAUCAUCAUCCCAAGCUACUGGCUCUUUACAGUCUGGAGAAGGUACCUACUACUCAACUGGUUUGGGCUCAUGUGGAAUCACAAGUUCAGACACCGAUUACAUCAUAGCUGUUUCUCACGAAAUGUAUGACCAAUACACGCCAAAUGGAAAUCCAAACAAAAAUACCUUGUGUGGAAAGAAAGUUAGAGCAUUCUAUGGUGAUAACUCCGUUGACGUUACCGUGGUUGACCGUUGUGAAGCAUGCUCGUAUAACGAUUUGGACUUUUCUCCAUCGGCAUUUAGCCAAUUGGCCAGCCAGUCUUUAGGAAGAAUCGAUAUCACCUGGGAAUGGUUGGAUUAA